GGGGCCGCAGUCUUCUGCCCCAAGCUCCCGGAAGUACUGCCUCGCGCUCCGGAAGUGAUCCCUCGGGCCGCGAGCGCCCUCCGGCUCCUUUUCCGUGCGACGUAGAGCUGAACUACCGAGGCCGCGAGCGAGAUGCCGGUGGCCGUGGGUCCCUACGGACAGUCCCAGCCAAGCUGCUUCGACCGCGUGAAGAUGGGUUUUGUGAUGGGUUGCGCCGUAGGCAUGGCGGCUGGUGCGCUCUUCGGCACCUUUUCCUGUCUCAGGAUCGGAAUGCGGGGUCGGGAGCUGAUGGGCGGCAUUGGGAAAACCAUGAUGCAGAGUGGCGGCACCUUUGGUACAUUCAUGGCCAUCGGAAUGGGCAUAAGAUGCUAA